AUGACAUCCCCGAACCAAAGCCUGCUUGACUGGCUAGACGACCUCUGCGUACGAUUCAUUGUCAACCUGCCCCACGAAGAGCUGCAGUCGGUGGAGCGCAUCUGCUUUCAGAUCGAGGAGGCGCAAUGGUUCUACGAAGACUUCAUCCGGCCGCUGGACCCGCGGCUGCCGUCGAUGAACCUGCGCAUGUUCUCACAGCGCAUGUUCCAGCAUUGCCCGCUGUUUGCUGGCUUCUCCGAAGACCACUUUCUCGAGGCCUUCCAGCACUUCCUGCAGUACAAGACCCGCGUCCCCGUGAGAGGCGCCAUCAUGCUCAACCAUGACAUGACCCACGCGGUCCUGGUAAAAGGCUGGAAGAAGGGCGCCAAAUGGAGCUUCCCACGAGGGAAGAUCAACAAGGACGAGCCUGACCUAGAAUGCGCAAUACGAGAAGUCUACGAGGAGACGGGAUACGACCUGAAGGACGCUGGCUUGGUGCCGCCGGAGAGCGAAAUGAAGAGCAUCCCCGUCAAUAUGCGUGAGCAGAGUAUGCUUCUGUACGUGUUUCGCGGGGUGCCCAUGGACACCUACUUCGAGCCGCGCACGAGGAAGGAGAUCUCGAAAAUCGACUGGUACAAGCUGAGCGAUCUCCCAACCCUCAAGCGCAAGAACCAGGUUCAGCAAGGUACUGGCCAAGACUUGAUCAAGGACAAUAGCUUCUACAUGGUCGCGCCCUUUUUAGGCCCGCUUAAGGCGUGGAUCAAGACCCAACGAAAGCAGGACAGGCAGAGGGCACACGCUGGCUCCCACUUAGUACCGCCGCCGACAGCAGGCGUCACGGACACAGAAGGCUUGGAGGCAGACCUGGGCGAGACCACAGCCGACGAGGCUGCCAUGCCCGAAAGGAUAACCGAGGAAGCCAGCUUCGCAGCAUUGGUCGCAAAAUUAGGCAGGACUCAACGUGCGAGCGACACACUCCCUGAAGUCUCCACGCACGCGCAGACACAAGGUGUCGCCGACCCCGCCGCGGAGCUCAAACGGCUACUGAGUGUGGGCAUUGGCUUUCCAUCCCAACCUCAAGCAGUCGAAGCGCGCCAGACCGUUCAAGAAUCUCCGCCGAAUCCGCUGCUUGCGAUGCUUCAUGGCAGUAACAGGCCCGCUCCGCCUCCAGACCUUCUGCCCAGAACACCAUUCGAGCAAAUCCUGCCCACUCCUCAGCCUCCACGUAGUCCGCAUGGCCAGCACCACACAAGAACACCUCAUCUUGGUCAGAUGCCACCACCGCCUCCGUUUCCAUUCCACCACCAGCAGGAAGGGCCUUUUCAUGGCCAACAGCAUCAUCAUGUGCCUCCUCAACACCAUAAUGGAUUCCCUCCUCCAACCCCAAACCAAUUCAUAUCACCGCCACCCCCUCAGCAUGGCAACCCCAUCUUUCCGACACACGCGCCGAAUGUUCAGCAAUCGUUCAGUGCAUCAGGCCCACCACCACCCUACCAGCGAACCGGAGAUCCACAAUUUGCGCAAACACCGCAAUUUCCCAGGUCGCAUGGUCCUGCUAUUCCACCAGCUUCAAAACUUCCACCGCCAAAGCUCACGGCGCAUACGCUUGGUUUGUUGAAUGCAUUCAAAGUUAACGAGAAGCCUGCCAUUUCUUCGCCUAUUGCACAGGCGCAACUACAAAGCUCACAGGCAACACCGAUAACGACAAGACCGCCGCCUCUGCAACGUCAGCCUGACGCUUUUGUCUCGCCGCCGCCUGUGCAGAAUUCUCGGCCCUAUGCCCCGAGCCCGCCUGCCUUUCAAUCACCUCCGCCAGUUGCAAACUUCGAGCCUAUACAGCCGAAACCGAGGAAUGCUCAUCAGGACUCUCUCCUUAAUCUCUUUCGAUCUCCUUCGACUACAGCGGCCUCUCCCGUACCCUCAAAGACACCGGAAUUGCCAGUCGAAUUGUCCGCCUAUCCUUCGACUCCCGGCAACAUGAAGUCGCAGACUGCAGUAGAGGCAGGUCCGCCUAUGCCUGAUAUGCAUGCCAAACCAAAUUUGCUGAAUGCUUUUGGCAUACCGCAAAAGCCAGGUUUGACAACGGCUACCAUCCGUGGGCCCGUUAAUGCGCCAGAUUUCGAUACUGUAAAGAAAAAUGCCCAACAUCCUCUCAACGGAAACUCACGGGGACCAUCACCGUCGACGACGAAGCCGGAGCCGAAGAUGUUCGUUCCACAGCAGAUUCUCAGACGAGAAAGCUCUGUCCCGAGAACAAUUGCAGCUGCAGCAGCAGCACAGAGUCGAAGCUUGAACGCUAGCCCGGCUACGGUGUUGGAUCCUGCGACACCUUUCAAACCACAGAUCCUGAAGCGGCGACAGCACGAGCCAAUUCCUACUUCUACUGCACAUGCGCAGGGUCUACUGAACUUAUUCAAGACGCAGAGUCAUCCGCAGCCUGAAGCUGUGCCUACGCCGGCUCCUGCGCAUACACAGGGUCUUUUGAACCUGUUCAAGAAUCAGACUUCUCUUCAGCCCGAAGUCGUACCCGCGCCGGCUCCUCCCUCGCGAUCGCCAGCCCCGCCUGGCCCCGUUCCUGUGUCCUUCGAUCACCAACACAGUAUACCGACAGACCAGAAGAGUGCGCUACUAUCUCUCUUCGGCAAACCCUCUGCGUCAUUCACUGCAUCGCCCACUCAGACUGCGAGAUCUCCGCUCAUGACAUCAGCUACAAGUCCCAUUCCUCCAGCCCGAUCGCCGCAACCGCCGACACCCAAAACCUUCAUGUCCGGUGUUAUCAGUCCAGUGAGUCCUCUCCCAGGAAGCCAGGUCGAUAGCCCUGCGCAGCUCAACUCGCGAUCACGCAUAUCGAGCAUUGGCGAUUCCAUACCGCCGAGUGUUGUGAUUCCACCGACAAACGCGCCGACAUCAUUUCCCCAGCUACCAUUGUCCCAGCAAAGUAACGGUUUCGGUACCCCGAUGGAUGGCAGUCUUAUGGGCUCUACGUCUGCUUCUAUUUCCGAGCUGGGACUGGGUAUCGAUAAGGGCAAAUCCAAAACAGGAAUGGACAGUGGCGGGAAGAGUCCGGUAGAUAAGUCUUUCUUAUUGGGUUUCUUGAAUGAUGUGGCGAGGAAGGGUCGAUAG